AUGUUGACUGAGUUCUUCAGAAUGAACAAAACAAAUGCAAAGGCUCAGAACUUGAAGUGCUUUUAUAGAGAAUUUCCAGAAAAUUUUGUUUGGUCUUUUAAAUUUAAAGUUUGGAUUGAGAGAAAGCGUAAAAAAGCCAAUGGAAGGCUGGUCACAGUUAGCCCUCGUGAAAGAGAGAGUUAUUACCUUAGACUCUUGCUAACUCAUGUUCAAGCACCUACAUCAUUUGAUGACCUGUUAACUAUUAAUGGCCAAAAAAUGAAUUACUUUAGAGAUGCUGCUUUGGUCCUUGGACUUUUGCAGUCAGAUACAUAUAUACAAGAGACCCUUGAAGAAGCAGUUGUUUUCCAAAUGCCAUCCCCUUUGAGACUGUUAUUUGCUACUAUUCUUGUUCAUUGUUCUCCAGCAUAUCCUCAAUUUCUUUGGGACAAAUUUGAGCUAGAUCUCUCUACAGAUUACCAUUGA